UUUCUCUUGUGCCGAGACAUCGACGUGGACGGUUGUCCUCGUGUUUGCUGUCGCUUUAAAUUUAAUCGAUCAUGUGAUUUAGUGGAUUCGAUUGAACUUGUUUCGUUGAGAUUCCUAAAGAACAAUUUUAAAAAUGUCAGUUAGUGCAAUUGUGAUGUUAUUGACCUUGUUCAGCAGCAAGACGGCCAAUGGAUCUAAUAUUCUGUUUCUAUCACCAAUCACUGCGCCCAGUCACAGCAAUUUCUUCAAACCAGUUGUGAACGCCUUGGUAGAUCGUGGCCAUUCUGUGACAUUUUGGAAUGGAUUGAAACCACAAAGCAACCUAAAUCAAACUAACUUACGUCUGCUAUAUUCGCCGCAAUUGGAGAAAUUCAACAUCGACCAUGAAGUCAAAUUUCAAGAUCGAAACAAUCAAUUCCAACUCUUUUUCAACAUGGCCAAUCGAUUGGAAAUCUUUUGCAAAGCAAUUUACCAAGAUCCCAUCUUCCAUCAGUUGAUGAACACUAAAGAAAAAUACGAUUUAAUUAUAGUCGAAGCAAUUUUGAAUGAUUGUGUUUUACCUUUGAUUCGAAUCCUCGACGCUCCGCUCAUUUACAUGAACGGCAUAGCACCGACGCCUUGGCUAUUGGACAUUGUGGGUUCACCUUUAGCCAUCGAACAUUUCCCUAAUCCUGGACUCAGUUUUACAGAUGAAAUGAAUCUACAUCAGCGUGUAUUCAAUACGAUUUCAACCUUGGUGGUCUUGUACUUUCGCCAUUGGUUUAUGACGCCUGUCGUCGAUCGUAUCGCUCGUGACAUGUUGGGAGACAAUCUAACAAACGUCAAAGAGAUUGAAAGCCAUUAUUUGAGUUUAUUAAUUAUUAAUACUCAUUUCAGUAUUAAUUACCAGAUACCAACAUCUUCGGCAGUUAUUGAAGCAGGUGGAUUGCAUUGCGUUCCACCUCAACCACUGCCACACGAAUUGGAAUCAUUUGUUGAUGGUUCUGGUGAAGAUGGAUUCAUCGUUGUCAGUUUCGGUUCCAUUUUAAAAGGGAACGAUAUUCCGGAUGAUGUCCGUCGCAUUUUCCUAUCUACUUUUGCCCGGCUGUCACAACGUGUCCUGUGGAAAUGGGAAGAAACUAUUGGCGUCAAGGAUGAAAUGAUUCCAGCUAAUGUUAAGAUGUUACCUUGGUUACCGCAACAAGAUCUUCUCGGCCAUUCAAAGGUCCGUCUAUUCAUCACACACGGUGGCCUUUUCAGCAACCAGGAAGCAGUUUUUCAUGGCGUUCCUCUCAUUGUUCUGCCCGUCUUUGCCGACCAGCCCAUCAACGCUCAAAAGGCUCAGGAUGAUGGCUAUGCCAUUCGACUCGAUUGGGACAAUCUAAAUGAAGAAAUACUAUUUAAUUCAAUUCAGAUUAUUCUCAAAGAUCCGAGGUACAAAGAAAAGAUACAUCACGUUUCGACUUUGAUGCGUGAUCAAAUGGAUCAUCCACUAGACAGAGUCAUCUAUUGGGUAGAGUACGUGAUUCGUUAUCAGGGGGCCCCUCACUUACGGACAGCGUCACGUAAACUUUGGCUGUACCAACGAGGUCUUCUCGACGUGACUUUUAUCAUUUUUACCUUUUGUUUGCUGGUUUGUUAUUUGAUUUUUCGUCUAUGUCGUUCGGUCUUUGUUUUCACGACCAUAAAAUCUUCUGUGCAUAAUGAGCCGAAAAAGAAACUAACGUGAUGCACCAAAUGCUAUAGAAUUUUCUCGAAGCGGAUUUCAGAGAGGAAUGCAAUAAAUUCUAAGAAAAAGCUUGUCUCUGAAAUGUUGGAUUGUAUGGCACCAUUAUCAACGAUCAGUGCCCGAAAGCUGAUCUUCAAACACGCCUUUAACAAAA